AUGACUGCCAUCAAAGAUGCCCAUCAUGAACCGGUGAACAUUGCCGAUGUCUAUGAAAUCGCAAGAGAGAAGCUCGCCAAGCCAGCGUGGGACUACUAUCGAACCGGUGCCGACGAUGAGCUUACGCUCGAACGCAACCACGCAGCCUACAACGAUAUUCUUCUCCGGCCUCAAAUGCUUCGCAAUGUAAGCAGCAUCGAUACUACUACUACAAUCUUUGGGAAGCGUUAUGACAUCCCGAUUGCAAUUGCCCCAACUGCGUACCAGAAGCUCGCCGGCGGUGAAGGCGAACUCGACGUUGCCCGCGCCGUCUCCAACCUUGGAACCAACCUCACACUCUCCAGCAACGCAACAACAUCUCUUGAGGACGUCGAGAAGGCAAUCCCUCAACGCGGUGCCGAGUACCCCCGACCAUGGUUCCAGCUCUACUUCCUCGGAAACCGAGAUCUCACGGCGCAAUUGAUCCGGCGAGCCGAUAACGCAGGCUAUGAAGCGCUAGUGCUGACCGUUGAUACCGUUAUCUUGGGCAACCGACUCCAGGAGCGGAGGACGCCGCUGGAGCUUCCUCCAGGAAUCGCCAUGGCAAACGCCGAGUUUGGCGCUAUUUCCACGGAGGGUCUCCUCCUGCGAGCGAAGACGGCGGCGGAGUACAACAGAAUCCAAGACGAGAACCGAGACCGUCUUGUCAACUCAAGCCUUGAGUGGAACGAGGUCAUCCCUUGGCUUCGAUCGCAAACCAAGAUGAAGAUCAUUCUGAAAGGAAUCUUGACGGCAGAGGAUACCCAAAGGUCCAUCGACGCUGGCGUGGACGCCAUCAUCGUUUCUAACCAUGGAGGACGCCAACUUGAUGGUGUCCCGUCAACCAUCGAGGCGUUGCCCGAGAUUACGGAGGUCGUGAGGGGGAGGAUUCCAGUCAUUAUUGAUGGAGGCAUCACCCGCGGGACUGAUGUCUUCAAGGCUCUCGCACUGGGUGCUGAUCUGUGUCUUAUUGGAAGAACAGCCUUAUGGGGACUUGCGUGGGAUGGACAGAGGGGCGUUGAGGGUGUGUUGAACAUUUUAGAAAGGGAGCUGGCAAGAGCAAUGGCGUUAAUGGGCGUGGCGAAGCUGAAGGACAUCUCCAGAGGAUUACUUGGUCGCGCUAAACAGAACGGGUUUGGUGUUGCAAAGUUAUAG